AGUUGCUACAUGUUUUCAGUUUAAAUAUGGCUUUAAACAAAUGGAGGUGUCUGGCAGUGUUUCUCAUCCUCGUCACCAAAUGUGGAGCCGACUAUUCCUGUUUGUGUAACUACAAUAUCGAGCUACCCGUUCAUAGUUCAGCGACAGCUCAAGAUGCUGCUAUUGGCUAUAUGUACGAAUUUGACUGCAAACCCGUGGUUAGCGCCGCCCCUGCUGUCCCUGCAGGCUGGAAGACAAUCGCAUUCGAACAUCAGCUGGGCUACGUAGAAAUGGGUGGACAGGUUGAAGAGCAGGUUUGCCCUGGAGUUAAACCGGAUACAGACAGACUGAUAACAACACAACCACCAACAACACCGAAACCAACAACUAGUUCAACAACACCAAUAGCAACAACAAGGACAACAACUUCAAUUUCGACAACGACUUCUACAAGAAAACCGACUACGACACCGACUACCACUACCACUCCCACAACACCUACUACAACAAUCGCAACCUCGACAACUCCUCAAGAAACGGUAACAACAGCAGCAGCAACAACAGCAAGGGUGACAGCUACUACUUUUAUGCCAAUAUUCAGCAACAACACGCCGUUGCGUCUAGUAACAACGACCUCCGCACCACCAAGCGUUACUUACGGCAAUACUAAUCUUUGCCCCGCUAUACUCCACCAAUACACCCGGGAAGACCAAGGCGCACUGCAACAAUACGGGGGGUAUUGCUAUGAGAUUGUCCCUAUCCGAGCUAUAUGGGCAAAAGCUGAGAACGAUUGUCGGGCAAAAGGCGGUCAUCUAGUACACAUUGAUAGUACUGGGCUCCAGACAUUUGUUUAUCAGUGGAUCAAGUCACUGCAGUUUGACCACGCUUGCUGGACAGGCUUACACGACCUCCAUGCCGAGGAACACUUCGAGUGGAUUUCAGGAGAUCACGUGAUAUACCAGAACUUCUUCAGCGAUCGCUAUGGUAACCUUGCCAGCCAUUGGAACGAAAACUGCGUAUUGUUGGUCCCAUAUGCUCCAUACUAUGGAAAAUGGGAUGACGUCAUAUGCGGACAACCGGGCCUGCUUGGGGAUACGGGACAACAAAACCCUUUCAUCUGCGAAUACAAAAUACAGGCACAGCACGCCAGUCCGCUUAUCGGUUAAAAGUAUGAAAUGAAACUGUUGAUAUUGAAAAGAUAAUCAAAUAAAAUGUAACAGAUCCAA